UAGAAAUUACGUCACGAGCGCUUCCCCGCAGCGGGCUCCCGUGUUCAGACUCUUUUGCGCGUUUCUGAUAAAGUUUCCGUCGUGCACCUUCUCUAUAUGGUAUUGUAUUUUACGAGUUAAUGUAAAGCCACGGCGGUACAGGACACUACGGGAGCAGGUGGAUGAGUUGUCCGUCAGGACGUCAGGAGUCAUAGCUACAUCACUGACCACACCAAUCUGAGGCAGUGGAGAAAGAUCAACAGAUGAAUUUGAGGAGUGCUAGUCUGGUCUUGGUCUCGACUUGCCUUGGUCUUGAUCUUGUCUUGGUCUCGACACACACGUGUCUUCACCUUGACUCCGUCUCGGAUUACGUGGUCUUUGCUACAACAGCACAUGCCCUGAGUAGCGGCUGAGAUGACACGCCCCCACCGGAUCGCCUCGACACGCCUCCUUUUCUGCACAAAGCUUUUAUUGGCACUUAUGACGAUACACACAGCUUUGGGGGGGGACAAGACAGAAGAGUGUGGAGGUCGAGACUGCAGCGUCUGCCAGUGUUUCCCCCCGAAAGGAGAGAGGGGAAAUCCUGGCGACUUAGGUCGGCAGGGCCCACAGGGGCCCCCAGGUUUGCCUGGCAUCCCAGGACUUUAUGGCGCGAAGGGUCAACGUGGACUCAUAGGAUUCCCUGGGGAUUCUGGCCCGGCAGGAGACCAGGGUGUUCGAGGAGUUGAUGGCCAUGAUGGAUUAGAUGGAGUGCCUGGUCAUCCGGGGCGUCGUGGGCUUCCUGGGCUUCCAGGGAAGGAUGGCUGUAAUGGAACCAGAGGGGAAUGUGGAUUGGAUGGUGAGGUAGGACAACCCGGCCUCCCAGGACCCAAGGGACUACCUGGGUUAAAAGGUAUCAAAGGAGACACCUCUUAUAGGAUAACUUACUUUCCUGGAACUCCUGGUGUUGAUGGAUUACCAGGAAUACCUGGACCACAAGGAUCGAGAGGAUUCACUGGCCCACAAGGUCUACCAGGACGAGUGGGACCUGAUGGACAAAUGGGCUUUCAGGGUUUACCAGGUCCAAGAGGCCCACCAGGAGACCCAGGAAGAUCACUGCCUGGACCAAAAGGAGAUGAGGGGGAACAAGGUCUUCAGGGAGAGCCAGGUCCAUUUGAAUUUGUAGAGCCCAAACCAGAAGACUAUGUAAAAGGCGAUAAAGGAAAUAAGGGACAAAAGGGAAAUUGUGGAGAUCCUGGCCUAAUGGGUUUUGAAGGACCUCCAGGAGAAAAAGGAGAGAAAGGCAUAAUUGGGUUCACUGGAUCCAGAGGCCCACCUGGAUUUCCAGGCCGAACAGGGUUUCAAGGUCUUAAGGGGAAACGUGGGGAUAAUGGUCUCCCUGGUCUAUUUGGCAAUCCAGGACCAAAGGGCUUCCCAGGUGACCCUGGACCUAAAGGAGAGCCAUACUACAAAAAUAUCUUUGCGACAGGACCACGUGGAGAUCCUGGGCUCCCUGGUGCUGCUGGACCACCUGGGGAUAGAGGGAUGAUGGGUAUACCUGGUCCCCGUGGUGAUUCAGGAGAAUCUGUAAUAGGUGCAAUGGGUGAAUCUGGUCUCCGUGGUCUCAAUGGACUCAAAGGAGAAAAGGGUGAACCAGGAAAAAUAUAUGGGUCAACCAUGAACUACGGGGAACCUGGAAAACAGGGCCCUCCUGGAUGUAAAGGACAACCAGGAAAUCCUGGCAUUCCUGGUCACGGUUGCUACUGCCUUCCUGGUGAACGUGGAGAACCUGGAGAGGUUGGACAGAGAGGGCCUUUCGGAUUACCAGGUGUCAAGGGGAGAAAAGGUUAUGAUGGGUUAUGUGUAUGUGAGCGACCUGAUGAUCUACCUGGUGAUCCUGGCCCUCCAGGCCGUCCGGGUGACCCUGGUGAUCAGGGGCAAAAAGGAUUUCGGGGUCCCACUGGUGAUAUCGGACUCAUCGGAGAGAGGGGUGUGGGGGGUGCUAAUGGUCCCAGUGGCUUCACAGGUGUCAGAGGGAAUAAAGGAGAGAAAGGAGGUUUUAUGAUGAUAUGCAAAAAGGGGGAUAAAGGUGACAGAGGACCUGUUGGAGCAUAUGGAACGCCAGGGUGCGAUGGGAAGAAAGGGGCUGAUGGAAAGAUUGGUGCUCCUGGAGAUCCAGGACCUCUGGGAGAUAAUCUUGUUGGACUGCCAGGUGACAGGGGGUGUCAAGGAGAUGCUGGUGCGAAAGGCCUCAGAGGUCCAUCUGGUCCUCCUGGACCAUGUAUGAUGGGAUCAAUUGGGCAACGAGGGCAACAAGGGGACCCUGGACCUCAAGGCCAAACAGGGCCCCCUGGUCCUAAAGGGGUUCAAGGUGAUAAACUGCCCUGUCAUCCUGGUAUACCUGGAGCCCGUGGUUCCAAAGGAAUGCCUGGAUGUAAAGGUAAGAAAGGUACACUUGGAAAUCCAGGAUGCAUUGGACAAACUGGACCGAAUGGUCCCAAGGGAGAGAACGGAGACCCUGGCGAUUGUGGGAUUAGUGGACUGAAAGGUCCAGAUGGAUAUUCAGGAGAUCCAGGUGACACUGGCCCUGACGGCAACAGCAUUAACGGCUCACCUGGCAUACCUGGAAGUCGUGGACCCCAGGGUCUGAAGGGGUCUCCAGGAGACUCUGUUAUCGGGGCUCCAGGACCGAUGGGGCCCUCUGGGGUUCAGGGACGUCAGGGCCCCAAAGGUGUACCUGGACCUUGUGGGCCAAUUGGAUUGCAAGGUAUAUCUGGUAUUCCUGGACUUCCUGGAAGAAAAGGGGAAAAAGGAGAGGAUGGUCAACCAGGUGCACCUGGUUGUCCUGGUAGGAGACCGGAACUAUGUGAUAAAGGACAAUGUGGUCCACCUGGCAGGACAGGACCACCAGGCUUUAUUGGACCGAGAGGUGAGUAGAGACCACUGUAUCAACAGAAGCUUCCUGGAGAGAAAGGAUCACCUGGGGAGGUGGGACCUUCAGGCACUGGACCUAAAGGAUCCCCUGGUAAGCCUGGUAUGCCGGGCAUUCAAGGAAGCACAGGCCUUCAGGGACCUUCAGGACUCGAAGGAGACAGUGGAAAUUCAGGAUAUGCUGGACCGAAGGGUUUCCCUGGAUUUCCUGGUCAAGAUGGCUAUCCUGGCAACAGAGGGCAGUCAGGCCCUUUAGGGGCUCCUGGGCCAAAAGGCCUUAGGGGUCUCAAUGGAUGUCCAGGUUUCCCAGGGGUAAAUGGAACCAAGGGCCAGAAAGGAUGCCGUGGGCCUCGUGGACCUCCAGGAGACAUGUUCUCCGUGCCAGUCAAAGGCCAGGUAGGGCCACCUGGACCUCAAGGGGAGAAUGGUUUGUCUGGAGAAAGGGGUAAAUCUGGUAAUCCAGGUCCGCCUGGACCGCCAGGGUAUCCAGGACGUAAUGGACCUCCUGGCUUUGAAAGUGGCUCUCGUGGACCGCCAGGCGUUCCUGGGCUGUCCGGCGAGCCUGGCGAACGUGGCCAACCUGGACCAAGGGGAAUUGAUGGAUUCCCAGGGGAUUCUGGUGAUCCAGGUGAUCCUGGACUUACUGGUUUGGCAGGAACCCCUGGUUUCCCUGGGUUUGAUGGUCCUAAAGGUGAAAAAGGUCAAUCUAUUGGUGAGCCAGGACGAACGGGUGAGAGAGGGCCAUGUGGAGAAAAAGGCGGGUCAGCUUCCCCUGGUGACAAAGGAGACCAGGGUGACCCUGGCCCACAAGGGCCAAAUGGAAACUGUGGUCCACCAGGCCCACCUGGGAACACUGGUCCACAUGGACCUCCUGGAGUGGUUGGGCCCCCCGGCCCGUGUGGAAGAUUUGGUCCAGAGGGUCCUUUAGGGCCUCCAGGUCCACCAGGCCCUAAAGGAAACCCUGGAAGCCCUGGCCUUAGAGGACCUCAAGGGAUCCCAGGGAUUCAUGGACUAGAUGGCCUGAAGGGUGUCAAGGGUGAGAUUGGAUCUCGAGGGCUGGGUUUAAUAGGUAAUAGAGGUAAUCCUGGACUGACCGGAGACAAGGGUGAUCCGGGAGACCCUGGGUUGUCUGGCGAAUCACGAAAUGGUGUUCAAGGUCCAAAAGGACAGCUGGGCUUGCAAGGGGACCCUGGUCCAAUGGGUCCUCCAGGAUUUCGUGGUGAAGAAUGUAAGAUUCUUAAACGUGGACCUUGUGGAAAACAGGGUUACUAUGGGCCAGAUGGACCUCCAGGGCCCAUGGGAGAGAUGGGAGAGUCAGGCAGUGUCUUCACAGAGCGUGGUGAAUUUGGUGGCCCAGGUGAUCCUGGAUCACCAGGAUGUAAAGGAGAAAAAGGAUGCAGUGGGCCCAAUGGUCUGCCAGGGUAUCCGGGCCCAGAAGGUCCAAAAGGUGAAAGCGGACCAUCUGGGCUUAUGGGCCUUCCGGGGCCCUCUGGCCCCAAGGGUGAUUGUGGAUCCCCAGGACCCUGUGGUGAAAAAGGAGGGAAAGGGGAUACAGGUCCAAAAGGAGAGCCUGGGAAAGUCAUAAGUAUUGAUCGUCGCCCCCCUCCCCGGGGCCCUCCUGGUCCUCCUGGUCCACCUGGCCCAGUUGGUGAAGAUGGAGAGAAUGGACCUAAUGGCAGUGAGGGACUGAAAGGUGAAAAGGGACCAAAUGGAGCAGAUGGGUUCCCUGGACCUCGUGGGGCAGCAGGACCAGACGGACCAUUAGGAAACCGUGGAGAUAUAGGCCCAAGAGGACCACCGGGCUUUCGGGGACCCCCAGGACCACGUGGUGAUCCUGGAAAUGAGAGCCAGUCUUCCUCUGGCAUCCUUUUGGUGAAGCACAGUCAGUCUGACACUGUGCCCACUUGUCCCCUGGGCCUAACAGAGGUGUGGACCGGCUACAGCCUGCUAUAUCUGGAGGGUCAGGAGAGAGCACACACACAAGACCUGGGCCAGGCAGGUUCAUGUGUACCGAUGUUCAGCACCAUGCCGUUCUCCUGCUGUAAUAUGAACUCCUGUAAUUACGCCAGCCGCAAUGACAAAUCCUACUGGCUGUCUACAACUGCCUCGAUUCCAAUGAUGCCUAUGAAAGGAAUGGAAAUUCAGCCACACAUCAGCAGGUGUGUGGUGUGUGAGGCUCCAUCGCCAGCCGUUGCUGUACACAGUCAAGACAGUUCUGAACCAUCAUGUCCACCCAAUUGGACAAGGCUCUGGAAAGGAUAUUCAUUUAUUAUGUAUACAGGAGCAGGGGACGAGGGAGGUGGACAGUCUCUGACGUCAACAGGAAGCUGCUUGCAGGACUUCCGCAGUCUGCCAUUCGUGGAGUGCCAAGGUUCGCGUGGCACAUGCAAGUAUUUCGCCACUAUCUACAGUUUCUGGCUGACUAAAGUGGACAAGCGGGGCUUUAACACCAAUCCUUACAAAACUGUGCUUGAGAACGAAUGGGAGCAGCGUGAGAGCGUCAGCAGAUGCAGCGUCUGCAUGAAGACAGGUCCCGACAAUUGAUACAAGUGUUUUCUAAAAAAAAAAAACUGCACUGAGAAUGCACAUCAACAGGUCACUGGAGUGGAAGUGAUUGACAUAUUUUUGCUCCCUUUUUUUUUUUUUUUUUUUGGAGAGGAUAAAAUGGACACAAUUUGUGACCAUUUUUAUUGAACUACAGGCUGUGAACUUUUUACUUCAUUGGAUUUGUUUCUGCAUAUCUCAGCCUAACAUGACUUAUUUUACGUCUUUACCCAGUACACAUUUUGCUUCUUGAUUUUAUAGUAUUUUGGUGCUAGCAAAAGACCAUUUGCUCAAAUUCCAAUAUACCAAUAUUCAUGUUCUCCCUGGUUCCUUGUAUCAGCAACUAUUAUGUUUGUGCACAUUAUCAAACAUUAUCAGCACAAUAUUGUAAUGCUAGUAUAGGUCUAUGGUGCUUUUUUUUUUUUUUUUUACCAAAAUGAAGCAUGAAUACAAAACCUUAACAAUGAACUCAAAUAAUCCAAUGAAAUCAAACCGGAACGUCUGCUAGCAGCUGUUGCCAUCAAUAGCUAAAUUGAUGUUGCCGUCAGUAUAAAUGCACCUUUUGACAUGAAGGUGCAGUUUUCUCUGUACAGAAAUCAACAAAUUACUCUAGAUGAAAUUCUGCUUGGUUUUCUAGACUUGAAAUCAAACCAAGCAGUUUAUGUAGCAUUAGAGUGUGGUCACAGUUUGCAUUUGUUUGAUCAAAAAAAUACAGUAAAACAGAUUUCAUUCCCAAAUGAUUUUAUUCCCAAACACCAGGUAUCCACCUGCAAAUGUUCAUUGCGUUUCGUCUGCACACUCUGAGGUGCAAGUCAUUUAUGAUGUAUGAGAAAAGCUACAGUGGCUUCCACUAUAGAGUGCAAUAGUCUGGUUCCAGAAGUAAAAACUCCAUUCAUUUUCUCCAUAAGGAAAUCGAUUUUGAACUUAUAAACCUUUAAAGACUGUAAACUACACAAGAUUGUUAAUCCAUGAUAUUUACACUGUCAGCCUGCAUUUUUUCACAUUAAUUUUAAAAUAAUCACACUUAAUAGUGGAAUUCCUCAUGGAAAAACUACAUUACCCAUGAUGCAGUACAGAAAAUUACACCAAUCAAGAGUCGAAAAAAGCAACACAUGCCAAAAUCUCCCUAGGCUUUCAAAAUACUGAAAUGUUUGUGUAUAUAUGCAUAUUUUGCAAUACACUUAAAAAUAUAUAUUGCUUUUAUAUACAGUCAAACCAAAAAUUAU